AUGUACUGUACCUGUGUGGACAUACACAGACAUACACACAGUGCCGGCCCGUACAGCGAUGCCAGCCGGGCGAUGCCAGCCGCAGCAGAGGAGGCAGAGCCCAUGGCCAGAAAGGAGCCGCUGCUGAGCGUCCUCAAAGGUAAGCUCGGGCGCCCCGGGGCCGGUACCCGCUUCCUCCGGCAGCUCUCGCCCGGGGACCGGCCCCUAGUUGCACCGACGGCGGGACCGGUCCGGGGGCUGCCGUGGCAGGGCCAGUCCCGCCGCCUGCCCGAGUGUGGGGUGCUGCGGCUGCGGGAGGUCGGGGGACCCUGUACAGACACCUCGCCACACCUCGCCUCGCUCUGCCAGCUGUUGGAGAACAUCCUGCGCAAGGGGCUCCGGCAGCCAGCGUGGGGCUUCAGGAGACGGGAUUACUGGCACUGGCUGGAGCAGCUUCCCACGGGGGGUACUGGCAGGCCAAGCCCCCUCUCCAUCAGCGUCCAGCAAGCAGGUGGCUGUGAGAAGGUGCAGACAGCGCAGGGCCGUGGGCGGUACUUUCUGCGCUUGGCCCUGCAGGAGAAGGUGCUGGCAGUGGCCAUCAGGGAGCUGGCACAGACUCCCAAGCUCCUGGAGGUGCAGCACGUGGUGGGGAGCCAAUACCCAUGGUUUUAUGAUCCAGCGAGCUCCAUCCUCGGCAAUGAAGAACUGCUGGAGCCUUUCCUCUCGCUGCUGCUGGUGCUGACAGAGAUGGAUUUCUCCCUGGACCUGCAGAAUUGCAGCUUCUUGGAUGAGAGCUGGCUGCUGCCGGUGUGCAUCACCUAUGAGAUGGUCCCAUGCCACACACUGGGAAUGGUGCUCAGGUACGUGGAUGGCCGAGUCUUUGUCACCGAGGUGCUCCCUGGCAGCCAGGCAGAGGUGGAUGAGGUGGUGUUGGCUGGUGACAUCCUUGACGAGAUCAAUGGCUGCUCGCUGAGAAACGCCCACAGUGGGCAGGCUGGGGCUGUGCUGCAGAAGCUGAAGGGACAACCACUCAGCCUCCGCCUGCUGCGAUGGCAGUGGCAUGACGGGGAGGUCUAUGAGCCACUGCUGCCCUACCUGAAGGUCCUGAAGCAGAAGGAGCCCAGGUUCCAGCUCCAGCGCAGCCCCCGGCGCAGGGGCAAGGAGGAGCCACAGCAGCUGCAGGGGGGCAGGCUGCUCUACAAGCUGCGGUACCUUGGCCAGACCAGCGUUGGGAAGUAUGGUGGCAAAGAGGUGCUGGCCCGUGCCAUCCCUGCUGUGCUGGAGAGGCACUCACCAGUGCAGCAUCUCUGCAGCCAGAUUGGGAAAGUGCAUUAA